AUGACAACCGUACAGUCUUUCUGGGCGUUGACGCUGAAACCUGGGGAGCGCGUAAGGUUCUCUCCGGCAGGCCACACACUGCACAUCACACAGGCUGCUCUGGAUAAGGACCAAGUUAACCGUGACGUUACGUACGUGGAGCUGACAUACCCCACUGGGUCUUAUUCCCAUGGCGCUAAGGUCCGCGCUGCUGCCAUCAUUUGCUCGUUGACACCUGGCACGGUGAAUCAAUCUGUCCUUGAUGUAUGGCUGGCCGCGAACGAGGAAUACGAGUUUGAGGCCACGGGAGCGACAGCGAUCCACCUGUUGGGUUAUUACUCUGGUUCUUUGACUCCGACAGCAGGGCAAGGACUUACAGGAGCGUCCGAAGCUGGCUCCGCUCAGCAGCGGAAACGCGCUCGUACAGAGCGAGACAGUGGCGAGCAAGCACGCGCAUCGCACGAAGCGGUCGGCCAGGCGACAGGAUCAACUAGGCCCUCUGCUGCGCUCCCCAACCGGGCUAUGAUGUUCCCUGCGAUGCCGAGGCAGAUAACCGCGGAAAGGCCGGCCAGCAGUGUUACUCGCCCUUCGAGCGGCCCGACGCUGGUUGAGCCGAAGGAAAAUGCUCCUCCCAAUAUGGCAGGCGUACACGUACACAACAUCGAUGAGGGCCAGGGGCGUGAGGUCAAAGCAGGUGACUACGUAAACAUCCACUUCACUGGCAAGGUCAAGGGGACGAACGCCUACUUCGUGGACACCAUAUCUGAACAGCAAACGCUCCGGCUUCAUGUUAGUGUCGACAAAACUCUUCCGGGGCUCGCAAAUGGCAUCACUGGCAUGAAGGCUGGAGGCAGGCGCAUUCUUGAGUUGGAAUCUCACGCCGCAUAUGGCGAUACGCCCGUGUUAAUUAAUCACACGCCCGUCCCGCCGAAGUCGGUCCUCAUCUUCGAUGUCAGAGUGGUCUCGAUUCUACCGUCCCAGGCCCUGUCGCAGUGA